GAAGGGAAGGGAGGAGGCGAGGGAAGGCGCUGGCAGGGCGGCUCUCCCGUCCCCGCCACAAGGUAAGCCCUGCUUCUCAGGCGGAGAGAGGCACUGGAAGCGCCGCGGGGCCUUUCCCCCCUGACCUGCCGAGCGUCUUCGCCCAGCCCCGGAGAGCGGCCGGCAGCGCCUCAGCGGGCGCCGCCGCCUCCCGCUCCCCGGCGGCGCGGGGGCCGAGCGCGGGCUGCGGCGGCGGCGGCGGCGGCGGCGGCCCCGGCACUUUGCGAUGGGCUGGCGGCAGCGGCGGCCGGACAGCAGCGGGGGCCGACGCGGGGCUCGCAGCUAAGGGGCUCGCAGGAGGGACCAUGGCCGCAUCCAGUAACUCCAGUUUGUCCGGCUCGUCGGUUUCCUCCGAUGCUGAAGAAUACCAGCCUCCAAUAUGGAAAUCAUACUUGUAUCAGUUGCAACAAGAGGCACCACGUCCCAAGAGAAUCAUCUGUCCUCGGGAGGUGGAGAACAGACCAAAGUAUUAUGGGAGAGAGUUUCAUGGGAUCAUUUCUCGGGAGCAAGCAGAUGAAAUACUUGCUGGCGUAGAAGGAGCAUAUAUUCUUAGAGAAAGCCAGCGGCAACCCGGCUGCUAUACUCUUGCUCUCAGAUUUGGUAAUCAAACCUUAAACUACAGGUUGUUCUAUGAUGGGAAGCACUUCGUGGGGGAGAAAAGAUUUGAAUCAAUCCAUGAUCUGGUUACAGAUGGCUUGAUAACAUUAUAUAUAGAAACAAAGGCUUCUGAGUAUAUUUCCAAAAUGACAACAAACCCCAUCUAUGAACACAUUGGAUACGCCACUUUGCUUAGAGAAAAAGUGUCCCGGAGGCUGAGCAGAACAAAAAAUGAAUCAAGAAAAGCAAGUGUAACAAGUGAAGAAAAUACCCCGGUUGAAAAGGACAAGAAAAAGUCUUUCUUCUGGCUUUUUCCCACUUUAUGCUUCAGAAACCCCAACACAGAUACCCUGGUUUCUACCUAUAGAGCACCGGCACAGCAAAGGAAAACAGUCACAUUCUGCCGCAGCACAGAAGAUGCAAGAAGGAGCAGCAGCAAAGGGGUUAAAGGAAGUCCCAUAGCAAAGAUAUGCAAUGCCUUGAAGUUUUAAGUACUACAAUCUAUGAAUACAUAAAAGAAUAAAUCUUUGCAACUCCAGAUAUUUCUGGUUGACACAAAACACUCGGAGCCAGUUACAUAGGGUUUUUUUUCCUGUGAGCACUGGAAUUGGUGAUGCCUGGUUCCCUAUUCAUUUGUGCUCUAUCUUUCUGCACACCCACUUCAGUAAGUCCAGCCAUCCCUCCAGACCUUUCACACAUCCCUCCCUCACCCCUAUCCCUUUUCUCCCACUGACAUUUCCUUUGCACUACCUGCAGAGGAGGCAGAAGGUGUUGCUGCCAGGCCAGCCAGAAGGGAGAGCCCUGGAGCUCCGACUUCAGGCUGUGUGUCUCACCUCAGUCCAGCUACCAAAUUUCAUAAAACUCAGACAUCUGUUGCUCCAUCAACUUCAGCUAGAAUUAGUCAGCUGGUUCAAAAGAUGGUCAGGGCAAGUGGCAAGACAGAUUGACAUACACUGCAAUCACUUUUCUAUAGGCAGCCAGGCUAAUUUGAGGUUGAUACUACCUUUUAUUUUUAAUAAUAAUAAUAUUUUUUAAGGUCUUUAGGUAUGGUUUCCAGACAUGUUUUUUACCUCCCUGUAAGUGUAAAUGUAGCAAUAAGAUCCAUCUCUUCUUCACCCCACCUUGUCCCCCCCUCCAUGUUUGUAAACAUACCUCUUCUGCAAAAUACCUGGCUGCAGGGGAUCAGCUGGUUUCCACCAGUGCCACACAGACUGCUUCUGUGUGUGUUUUACAGAAAGCUAGCCAGGUAUAUUGCAACUUGCCAACUUACAACCAACACGUUGGUUUCAGGUGGCUUUAAAAAAAAUAAAAUUAAAAAAAAAAAAAAAAAAAAGCAAAUUUUGCCUUUCCCUGAAUGCUGCAGCUGUAGGCAGUUCACAGUUUCCACUGCUUGAUGGCUGCUGGGAGAAGGUGUGGCUGGGGGUGAAUUGGGCACCUCACCAGCAGCAUCUGAAGCCUGCUCAUUUGAAGCUGGGAGGUGGGUGACUCCUCCCAACCUCUCCAGAAGAUGGAUGGGGCUUUGUAUGGAAUGGAGAAAAAAAAAAAAAAGAGGUUUCACUGUAGCUGUUCUUCAUGUUCUUGAGUAACAUAUGUCUUCCAGCCUUCUCUUCUUUUCAGGUGGACUGAAGGGAGGAGAGUAAUUGCUGCUAUCUUUAGCACCUGGGAGUAGCAGCUUUAGAAGUGGCAAAGUGCCCUUAUCCUACAGAGGAUAAAAUGGAGGGAAUCUCUCACCUUGUCUUCCUCUACAGAGAUCCCUGAGAAACUGCCCAUUUUUUUCUCCAUCUCUCAAAAUGAGUACAGCCCCUCUGUUUGGUGGACAAGGGGUAUCGCCCUUCUGUGAUGCACUUAGGUCCCUGGCUGAGGAGCGCACACUGUCCUUGCUGCAAAGGCAAGAAGGGUCUCAUCUUGGUACCUGAGUAGACAUUAUCAUUCAGGAUAAUCUGUUUUCAACUGGUUUGCAACAUCCAGUUCCCCUGAUUUUGCUCCGAGUUACGUGCACUCAGCGGUACAAAAAAAAAAUUAUAUCACAAAAAUACAUAUCAGGUGACCUCUUCUAGUUUGCUCUGGUUUAAAUCUCCAAUUAGGCCACUUCUAAAACAUGUUCUCCAUUUUUUUGACUGGUCUGAUUCCAAGAAAGAUUGAGUUUCCUUCACUUCUUUAAUGAGACUGUUCCCAGUGAGUUACUGUCUUGGUUGUAACGAGGGAUAAGUGCCUGAUUUCCUCCAUUUGGGAAAGAUCCCAAAAAAAAUGCUUCUGCUCAACCUCAGCCAUUUGGCUGGGAGGUUUCCACAUCAUGCGUCAAGCUGGCUUUUCUUCUCUGACUGCAGAAAACUGCUCAGAUGAGAUUGAGGGGAAGUACAAGGUUUUGACAGCAUGUAGAAGAUUCCAUCUAAUUGAGUUCAUUGGGAAUUUUUCUACGCAGCAUUUUUUCUGUUGAAAAACGCCAACUCCGUGUGGAGGAGGGCCAGUUCCACAAAUGACUCACUUUAAUGGAGACGGCCUGGAGGAGCCCAAAGUACACGAGGCCAGGCUCAGGCUGGUGCCCAAGAGGGUGGUGUUUGUACCCCACGACCCUCUCCCUUAUAGGGCUUAAGAAUUCUGGGUCCAAAGUCUCAUCAUUGCCCUGCUGCCAGCAAAAUAUUGUGAAAAUUCACUGAUGUCUCAUGUUUUUCCCAUGACUGACCCAUCCACAAAGUCAUCACCUGAACCUUGCUGACAGUCAGUGUGCUGGCUCAUACUACAGAUACCCGUCCUUGGGUUUUUAAGCUUUGGUCUAGUCUGGACAGUUAUCCAUGCUGAGGUCAUCCCCUAGUUCAUAUUUUUAGCUUGGGAAAAAGGUUCACAUUGCUGCAGGAGUCCAAAGAAACUAGGGAAAAGAGUUAACAUUAAAAGAGCCUUGAAGGCACACAGUUAAGCAUUUGGAAGUUAGGGAAUGUCAAACGGAGGGUCACCAGUACAGCCCCAGCUGUACAUUUACAUGACAGUACUGGUUUUAGUUACAGAAUCUUAUUUCUUUCCUGUGGGGCUCCUGCCUUGCUCAGCGCACUGGAGAAACUUUGCUCAGCUAAAGCAGCAUGGUUAUGUAGUUAAACAUGCUGUUGUCCCCGAGUUGUAUUCAAGUGGUUUAAAAGCAAAGAUGUCCAAAUUUUGCCUUCCCCUGAUUGCCACAGCUAUAGCUGACUAUAAUUUCUACUGUUUCCACUUCUUGAAAACUGUUAAGUCAUGGCUGUGGGUGAAUGGGUGACUGUGGGCAAGCAGCUUUGACUUGCUAUUUAUGGAAGUGGAAGGCACGUGACAAAAAGGGAGAAAAAAAAAAAAAGUCUACUGCAGUGAAGAAACUAGUUGAAAGUUGCACAAUGAGCUGGAUUACGUCCCUGCCCAGAGCUCUCAUUUUGUGUUGGCAAGUAGCUCAAACAUGUUUAGAGGCUAAUGAGGCUACUUCUGCUACUGAGUGCACAAAUUAGAUUCUGCAGAAGUAUUGAGUAAAUGCAGGUGAAACUAAUGGGAUCUGUUAUCUGAAUAUAGAAAAUAAUACAUCCUAUUAAAUGUUAUUAAAAAAAAUGGAAGCUGCAACUCCAAUUAGAUGCCAAAAGGGAGAAAAGAUUAAUAUAACAAGUCAGCCUCUUAUCAAUGAAAUGGGAAUAAUACCAGCCUUUUGAUGAAAAUUGUUGUGUAGCAUCCAGACUGCACAGCUUCUCGAUUCCCUGGUGAGCCAAGGAGCAAAGAAGGGACAUUAACAUUCAGGAUUCAGAAGAGAGUUUGAGAGGAACGUGCAUGAUAUGAACUGGCUUGGAGAAAAAUAGUCUGCACUCAUCUAAACACAGACAGCGUCAGAAGACUUCAAGGGUCAGAGCUCAGCUUGAAUUAAGACAGAUCUGUCUUCUUUAAUAUUUAGCGUUGGGAGGAUGAAAGAAUUACUGCCCUAGAAAAAUAAUUUUUAAAAUUCUGCUGGAUGCUGGGAUUUCACUUCAGAAGUAAAUAGGGAUGUUCUUUACUUUCCACUUCAAAGAUAUACAUGCAUGAUAGUGAGUAAUCAGCUGUUCACUGAGUGCAAGUCAGCGUGAUGGAAAAAUAGCCACUGGUUUGUUCCAUGACGUCCUGGGAAGAAACAAGUAAAACAAAUGACACAGGGAGUGUUUGAUUUUUUAAGAGCAUAAUGUGGCUGAGUGGACCAUUUCUUACCACUGUGGGUAAGGCAGCAGUCUGCCAGCUUUGUGGUUGUUAAGCAAAAUUUUAGUCACAAUAUUGUAAGAAAAAGAAAGGAAAAUAAAUGGGACAGCUUUUUCAGGAAAUGCUUCGGAAGCUUUCUCCCUAGACCAUGCUUACUCCCUCAGUCGUCACUUGCUUUCCAUCACUCAGAAGCAAGUAUUUGGUCAUCUCACAGAUAUCCUGAGGAUUACUAUUAAUAUUUUCUCUUAUUAAUAUCUGUUUUCUAUAGAAGCACCAAUGUGUACUAGGCACUUUAUAGACAAAUAAGGAAGCGAGUUAGUUUUCCUAGAAACUUGCAAUCAAUAGGGGUUUGCCUGAAGUAGCAUAAAACGAAUCUCUCUGGGCUGUAUUUAUUUAUCUAUUACUUGUAGCGAUUUAUCUUGCAUGCCUGGCUGUGACAGCUCUUGUUUUACAAAAACUAGAAAUGUUGUAGGUGAUCCACAGCAGAAUCUAAGCAUGACCUGCAGCUGGAAUGGUAUUUUAAGAAAAAAAAAAAAAAAACAACAAAGAAAAACAAAACAAAAAGAAGACAUUCACAGAUCAAUCUUGACUGGUUCUUUUUCUUCCCAUUCACCCUCCAAAAUCUAGCCACCUCAGACACUUGGCUAAAUAGAUGUUUCUGUAGCCUGCCAAAUCUGUAUGUUAGAAGGAAAUGGGGGAAGCAAAGUUCCCAGUGCUGACGGGGAACCACUGGGGAGAAGGGAAUUGCAGGGAGCUCGGCGUGGAUGCCGGGUGCUCUGGGUGUCCCGACCCUGCUAAGGAGGCUGGUGGCUGCAACCUGUGUCACGCAGAACCUCUGGUGGGUGCUCCAGGUUUGAUCUUAAAUAGCUUGGAAGUUCUUUCCCCCUGAAGGUGGUAAAGCAAGGAAGUCUCUUGCAAAGUCUACACGAGAGAAAAAAAAUUCACAUCCUCAUUAGCAUUUUAAAUUAUGUAAGGCAGUAUGCUUCCCUGAUGGCCGAGAAGGGGUACUAGGUCUAAUAAAUUCUGCUAAUUGCUGGUAUCAUUUUAGGGAAAGAUGAUUUAUCGUCCUUCGGUAGAUAGCUCAGGUUCUUAUUUACUGAACACACUCACAGACAGUAAAUGUGCAGAGCUGCUCAAGAUAGAAAGCUAUUUGAAUUGUAUACUUCCUUUUUCAACAAUGACAUUUGAAAGGUAUGCAGUAAGAAGAGGUGAUUUGUUUUGCUUAGAAUAUAAAGCUUUCUGUUGAUUUGGCUAUGAUCUUAGAUCCAUAUGAAAAAAAUGUGUUCAAUCUUUCUAACUUCUUACUUUUUCCCCUACUACAAAAUACAGUUGUGUGGGACUGUAAUAUCCAAAAUUGUGAUUCUGAAAGUCUGAAUAUUUGCAUAUUUCUGAUGAUACACUCAGAUAAUUAUAUUUUACCUGUACACAAUUUAGCACAAUAAUGUCUGGUUUAGAGACAGACUUUGGGUAUGUGAGGGUGGUGUUUAUUGUGCAUGGCUCCAGGUGACAUACCAAGUCUUUCUUUCACCUAUAAUACAUUUUUCAAAUAUGGCCAACUAAUUAAAUUUAGAUACAGAGAUGCUUCUGUAUUGAUACACAUAUUCUAUAUAUAUAUAUUGUAUGUGCAUAGCAUAUCUAAAGAUAUAUACAUAUGCAGAUGUACUAAAAGCAAAUAGUGUAAUGUUAUAUUACGUGAGUAUGAUUCAUAAAUAUAAAAUAUUCCCACUGUUCUUUGGUUUCCAUGCAGAUUUAUGGCCUAUCAAAUGGAUGAAAGCCUGUGGCUGCUACAUAGUGAAGCAGGCAGCUGCUCCAUAUUUAUUUUUAUCUUCAUUGCUGAAAAAGUAGACCCACUGCUCAUUAAAUUAGUCCUGGUUCUUCCAGUAAGCACAGUCUAUCUCCUUCGGCAGAAGUCCAGGUUAGAGAUAUUUGGAAGUUUUCCAGCAACACCUAGUUUUUUUCUUUUUUAUUUUCCAGAAAAUGUACAUUUGAGCCUGAAAUGUUUCAUUCAAAUGAAAAAAAAAAAUAAUUUAAUGAGUCCAAGUGACCAUAUGUAUUCACAUAUCACACCUCGCCACUUCCUUGGAUUUCUUUGGGUGUCCUCAGCCUUGGUGUAAUCUUCCUGAUAGAUUGGCUAAUUAUGUUGGGAGGUAAUAAUCCCCAGGCUUUAGGCAGUCUGCCAUUAAACUGAGAACCUGAAACACAGUCCCCUGUCUGGCUGGCAGAUCUUCCCCAGACACAGAAGACCUGAAACGGUGUUGUUUUCGCCAGAAAACUCCUUCCACCAAAUGCCCACCAUUUCCCCUGGGGCAUAAAAUUUUGGAAAAAAAGCCAAAUUUCACACAGAACAAAUCCCUUGCUUUUCAGCCAAGUCUAGUCCACUCACACUUUUUGAUAAAUCAUCAUGUUAAUCCACAACACCUUCAUCUUAAUAUUUGCCUCUUUCCUAUUAUGUCCAUGGAAUGACAGACUCUAUGAAUACAUACAUAUAUAUAUGUAUAUGUAUACACAAAAUUAGACAAAAUAUGUUCUCUGUAAGUAGGUAGAUUCAUGUUGUGCUCAGAAGGGCAGUGCUGGAAUUCUUCAGAUAGUUCUUAGCUUUGGUAUUUCUUGGCUCCUAAAUGUUUUAGUUUGCAGUCUAUUUAUAAACUUAGGAAGUUAUUUUAAAGAUGUAUUUUAAUGGAAGGUCUAAGAGGCUGAUUUUGAAAUAAAAUACUCGUGUUUUUUCAGUAGAUGUUCUAAAAAUAUUUUAGUUGUGUAUGUGUUGUGGAUUGCAGACUUUUGCAAUAGCAAGGAUUGGUUCUCAGGCAGAUCCGGGUUUGUUAGGAAUGACAAAAUGGAGUAUCAGGUUGUAAAGUAAUCUACAUCCCAUGGUGAUAUUCAAGGAGAGCUCCAGAUUUUUAUAAAUGUUGAAUAAACUGACCAGCCUUUGUUGUACAUAUUUCUCGCUUGAACUUGUGCCAAUUUAUUCUCUGAAGAAAUAAGGGAUCUAGUUACUCUGGGAAAAACAGGGACAGCAAGGAGAAAAACUUGUGAAUUAAAAUUCAUUUGCAUGUUAAUCAGUAAUUCAGCACUUAAGCAAAGGAGAGACAGGAGCUUUACUACUUGUGGUAUUAUAUAUAGUGCACUUUUAAAACACUCUGGUAAUUUACUGUUGGGUCCUUGUUCCAAUAUUUACAAAUUCCUCUUCACAGGGUUAAAAACUAAUGUCUUUGUCUGUUGUGGUUAUGUUCCAUUUCAUAUUUUUUCUUGUGUGAAAAAAAGUCCUUGUUACGAAGGUGGGUCAGCUUUCUAGACUGUAAGCUCUUCGGGGCAGGGAAGGGUCUCUCACUCCGUAUUUGUACAGCAUCGCAGGUGCUUUGACCUGGUCGAAGGCUCAAGCUCCUGUGCACUAUUGCAAUGCAAAUAAUAAACACUACUGAAAAAGAAA